AUGGCGACCAUCACUCCCCGCAAGCGCAAAGCUGUCGAUUUCAGCGAGCCCACGGUCACUGUCGUCGUGGGCGCAUCUCAAAAGAUCUUCACGCUGCACCCCAGUUUCCUUGUCACCGGGUCAAAAUUCUUUCGGUCCGCAUUAUCUGGACCAUGGAAGGAGUCCUUGAGCAAGAAAAUCACUCUCCCGGAGACGUCAAUCGAGGUGUUCCAGAGCUACGCAGUAUAUGUUUACACCGGCGAAAUUGACAUCUGUGCAGAGCCGCUCGAYGAAGCGAGCGACCCUGAAGCCCGUCAAACAUUCUAUCAGCUGGCUGAGCUGUAUUCUCUCGCUGAUGUCACGCUUGAUGACAAAGCUCUACGCAACGCCGUGAUUGAAGCCAUUGUCAAUUUGGAAGAGAAGAGCGGAUAUCAGCCCUCCUUCGCGGCAAUUAAGCAUGCGUACGAGAACUCUUCGGGUACCACUCCUCUUUGCCGCCUGUUGCUCGACAAUGCUCUGGCAGGCACUCAUCCUGACUGGCUGCGGGUUGUCUGGAACGAGUUGCCGGAAGAGUUCAUUACAUCUCUCAUGUAUGGAUGGGCGCAGGCUUCGUGCGACAAAGCGGUCUCAUAUAAGAGCUCGACGGAAGUCUCGAAAUGCAGAUAUCAUGAGCACGAUGCCGAUGUGCCACCUACAAAGGACUGUGUUGGAAAGGAGGAGGCGGUGAUAGUUCAAGUCUCGCUCAAGAAAAAGCGRACGCCGGUGAAGAGAGGCAUGCGGUCCGGUUCUUGA